AAUCAGGCGCACGUAGCUCGCGGUGGGGGGAGAAAUAAAACAGACAGACCCGCGACGGGUGCAUGAGAUAAUUGGUAAUAAAUCAGACUGUGAUAUCGUGUGGUUCUGCACCGGAUCCAGGGAGCAACGCAGCGCCAGACAGCACGGCGCUGUUCUCUAUACCAUCCACUGAGGAGCAUCUGCUGGCAGAAAAACAGGGGCUGAUCAUGAGCUGGUCCUUUUGUGUCUGAGCUGCAAUACAAACUGCGCCUGCAUCUGUGGGAAAAUAACACAAUGGGUUCCAGACUGAGCAGGCAGAGCAGCCUGGACAAUGAGAAUUUCUCCAAAAAGCGACGCAAGCUUCUAGAUAGCACCGGAGAGAACGACAGGGGCAGCCGGGGCGGCGGGGACUUUCUGUUUGCACUGAUGCUGAAGUCAGACAAACUGCCUGGGAUGCUGCGUAGGACCAACCACAGCCCGUACAUGAGGCGAGUGGCGUGGAUCAAAGAGAUACAGAAGCUGCUCCGUGACCGCAGGAUAGAGCAGGCAACCGACGUGCUCAAAUUACUGAGGAAGGAUCUUGGUUUGGAGGGCUCCUCGCUCAACGACAUCUUAUACAAAAACGCUGCCUUCCUCAACCUGGUGGACCCGAUCUCACACGAGCUGCUGCUCAGCUUGGCUCGAGAGAUGCAGUGUCCCAAGAAGGAUGCAGACACCAUAAAGUCUUCUGAUAAGAUUUGCAGACAGCUGAUCUACCACCUGACCCCGCACUCAAAGUGGCUGAGGCAGAGCAUGUCCAGACGGAAAUCCCAGGCCUGUCUCAAGACAACCCUACAGAAAAAGCUUUCCAGUGACUCAGUUGAUCUAUCUGGCAUCCCCCUGUCCACACGUGAUGUCCGCCAAGUCGCCUUCUACCUCCAAACCAACAGAGACAGCAUAAUGGCCGUGGACAUCAGCUUCACCGAACUCCAGGACGAGAACCUGAAGCUUCUCCUGCCUCUUCUCGCCUCGCUGCCCAAACUCAGCACCCUGGCUCUCAACGGUAACCGCCUCACCCUGGCUAUACUCAAAGACCUCAUGGAGAUGCUCAAAGACCCCAAGAUGUUCUCCAGCCUGGCCUGGAUCGACCUGGGCAACAAUGUGGACAUUUUUACUAUGCCUCAGCCGCUGCUAGUCGCGUUGCGUCGGCGCUGUAGCCUGAAGAGCAGUUUACCAACUAUCUACGAGUACACAGAGGGUCAACCCUACUGCUACCACCUGGAGACUUCUAUUGAGGAGCCCAGCCACUACGAGGAGGAAGAGGAGGACGAGGACGAGGCGGAGGAUGACGAGGAUGACAUGGGGAACAAGUUCGAGCUGGAGCCGUGGGCUUUAGGGGAGAAGCAGCUCUCCAAAAACUUCACCCUCCACUACUGUGAGAGGUGAUGGGGUAUUUCCUCUCUUAGGCUCUUUCAACUGUGGUUGAAAUGUCGUCCCACAGUGUUCUGUUAACGUCCUUCGCCCUUUCGCCCUCACACCACGAGCCCAGUCACCCUCCGAGGCACGAGGGAGAUCUGUGCCCACAUUGUGAACUUCCCGUCCCGACACGGCUACCAAGCUAUUCCUAACCAUCUCUGAGUUAACCCACACAAGAUGACAGUGGAGUGACGGUCACGACGGCAGACUUACUGUGUUGGUGGAUGGUGCUCUUGGGAACAAGGUGCGGUUUCAUUGGAGGGGGGCUGGAAGAGUUAAUGAACCGGUGCUCUCUCUCUCUCUCUCUUUCUCUCUCUCUGUCUCUCUUGCUCUCUCUCUUUCCCUCCACCUCUCUAUUUCUCUCUUUCUCUCUCUCUGAUGGUGGCAGCCGAAGAGCCAGUCCCAAGGAGAUUUAGAUCAGUUGGUUAGAUGGAGGAGCAGCAUCCCGGCGGUAGCUGAAGUGGAACUCGAGUUAGUUUGGAAACAGAGGGUCCCUCUGGGUUCUCUACCAGGACUGAGACUAUCUCUGGCAGGCAGGGCCUAGCUCCACAUUGUGUGUUCUCUGUUAAUCUCUCAACAAAAGCUAUGACACAAGUUCAACAGACUAUACAGCGAUGACCCGUCACGUGACGCCGGCAAAACUGCUAGGUCAAGACUUUUUGCGUUUUCCCCCCCUUUCCAAAUGUCCACUUGUGAAUACCCACGCAGCCCUUGUGUAGAUGUAAAUGUGGACACAAAACAUGGCUCUGUUGUGUUUCCACGGGCUAUUUCUGUGCACUUUUGGUGAACAAAGCAAUCUUAGAAGACAACAGGUAGGACUUAACAAUGGAUAGCUGUCACUGAUUGUUUUUGUACUUGCCUAAAUGCUGAUAUUCACCUCUUUGUAAGUAUUGAGCUGUUGUAGUAAUCACCACAGUAUUUCAGUGUGUUUAUGACACUACAGCCAACUGUUGCUGCGGGCCACCAAGUCUGAGCAGUGCCCAAACUGCCAGACCCACUGCCGUUUGUCUCUACAAAUAUGUCGUCAUUUCUUUUUAUUGAUGUAGCCCUGUGUUUGCUAUGUGAGGCAGCCAUGACUGUUAUCUAUUGGUUGUAGUCUGUCUACAGUAGCACAUAAUUAUUAAGUUAGACUGACCGAGACUCUGCAGUGCACUUUAAUGAACUCUUUUUUAUAUAUAUUUCAGUCUCUCCAUAUAGCAUAUACUCUGUGUCCAUUGUUUAACAUAUAUAGAGAUAUUUAAAAAGCUGAAGCCGAACAGAUACCUCUUUAAGGUAAAAUGAUGACCAAAUGGCUUAUGAUUGUUAGAAGGAUCAUUAAAAACAACAUACCUGCAUCCCCAGAUAUAUAAUAAGUGUGUGUUAUAUGUGUUUGUAAAUGUAAAAUGUCUGAUGAUGUCUACUGUAAUUAUUUGUGUUAUUGUUUUGGUGUUUCGUCUUUUGUCCAACUCUGUAAUUAUAAUAAUGACUCUAAUGAAUAUGAAACUGAGCGGAGUGACCUCCUAGUGUAAGCUUGAACAGUAAACAGUAAAUAGGGAUGUGGCUGAUCUGAUUACACAGGGAAGCAAAAAAAAAAUAGUUCAGUAAAUGUAAAUUACACUUGGACGCCUUUUAUGUCGAAUGUUAAAUCUCUAAAGUGAUGGAGAGCACUGUCCACUUGGUUUGCAGUUUUAUGUUCCGUGUGUGUCAACGUGAAACUCUUCCUUGUAGCCUGUGUGUACUU